UCAACAGAGUUGAUCGGUGCUCUGGAAUAGAGUUAGCCCGAAGAAGUCGGCGAUCGGCGCUGUCCGUUUUUUUUUUGUAUUUUCUUUAAUUUCCUCCUCCUCCUCCUCCUUCGUCAAUGUGUUUGUGCGCGAUGUGUGGACCUGGGCUUGUCGUGCGUGUGUGAAAGGUUUAAAGCACCUCAAUCUGGUGAUCGUCUUCUUCUUCGUCUACUCAAAACGUCGAUCGACUUGGGAGAUGAUCGUCGGCGAGGAUCUUUACGGCAUUUCGAUCGGUCUUCCGCGAAGCUAAAUCAACAUUUUGGCAACACGAAUAGCACAAAGAAAGGCGUGGGUGUCAGAGUGAGACAGAGCAAAACAUAACCUCACUCAACGGUGAGCGCGCGCGCUCUCUUGCGGCUGUUUGAAGAAAUGUGACAAGCGCGAAAAGUGACGAAGAAGCCAGUUAAAACAAAAAGAAGAAGCAAAAAAAUGCAAUUUGUCGUUUGAUAAAUGUGACAGGAAUAAGCGAUGACCAAAAGUGGUCCUGUCCAGGACGGCGAGCGCGAAACAAGUGACAGAAAAUGCCGUUUUUCGACGUGCCAGCGGCGGUAUUGAAGCUGUAACGACACUACCAGCCAACUAGGAGAAAGAAGACGAAGAAAAGUGAAAGACUGUCGCCGUCGCGACUCGCGCUUUCACUCACAGAAGUUGAGGCUGAGUCUCAGGUUGGGCUGAGCUGUCAAACGCGGGCAGCUUCCGAGUGAAGGGCGCAAGUGACGAUCGGGAUCGCGUGUCGGGUUUGUUUUGUUUCUUUUUGGGCAACGUGCAAUACUCUACAGGUGCGCCUCUCCACGGGUGACGUAACACGUGCGCGCAAGUGAUAGUGGUGAAGAAGACGAAGAAGAAAGCAAAGAAGAGACUGGGUUGUGUGCAUUCCAAAGUUUAUUUAAAAAGUGCCGUUUCUUGAAUUAAUAAUCGCGCCUGAGUUCCAAAACCAACCCGAAUGGUGGUAUUGUCGAUUGCGUUGCAAAAGUGUUGAAAAUAGCAGAAAAAUGGGUUUCUCGUCGGCGCUGCAAGGCCGGGCGGCGCACGAGGCGCUGCUGAACCGGCAGGAAGCCGAGCUGAAGCUGCUGGAGACGAUGAAGCGCUGCCUGAUCCAGAAGAGCAAGUGCGACAAAGAGUACGCGGCCUCGCUGGCGGCCGUCACGCAGCAGGGCCUCAAGGUGGACCGGAGCGAUGAUCUGCAGGGAAGUCACAUCACCCGGGCCUGGCGAGCCUUCAUGGAGGAGCUCGAGCACACGGCCAAACAGGUCAAAGCCAACGCCGAGCAGCUCGAGUCCGUCUGUCUGGACAAGCUGGCCCACCUGUACCAGGACAAGCGGCGCGUCCGGAAGCAGUACCAGGAGGAGCACACCAAAAUCGCGACCAAGUUUAGCCAUAUAACAGAAGAUGUUGCGCGGAAGAAAACCGAAUAUCAGAAGCAUUUGGAGUACUACAAAAUGCUGCGAGGGCGAUUUGAGGAGAUAAUAAAAUCUGGCCGCUCCGGCCGCAAGCUGGACGACGUCAUCGACAAGUACCAGAAGGCGUGCCGGAAGCUGCACCUGGCGCACAACGAGUACGUGCUGCUGCUGAGCGAGGCGGCCGAAAUCGAGAAGGACAUCCGGACGAUCCUGAUGCCGGGCCUGCUCGAGCACCAGCAGUCCCAGCAGGAGGGCUUCAUCCUGACGUGGCGCAACCUCCUCCAGGAAAUCUCCAAACUGGGCGACACCACGUCGGACCGGUUCAGCGAGAUCCAGCAGCGGAUAGAGUCCAACAUUGCGAGCAUCAGCCCCGCCGAAGAGUACCGGGAAUUCACCGAAAAGCACAAAACCAACCCCACGGCACCGGUCGCGUUCCAGUUCGACGAAGCGCUCGUCGAGGACAGUCUCGGCAAGUUGCAGGCCAACACCCUGACGGUGGACAACCUGACCGUGGACUGGCUGAAGGCUCGCCAGACGGAGCUCGAGGGCUCGAUCAAGGAUCUGCAGGAGGUGCAGAGCAAGCUGUGCCAGGACGGCGGAGGGGGAGCGGCGCUCAACAACAGCCAGACCAGCCUCAACGGGACCAACGGAACAACUGCCAACGGGAACGGCACGACGUCGCCGUCCGCCAAACCGUCCACACCGAUACUCAACGGGUCCAACGGAACUAGCGUUAAGGAUAGUAGUAAUAAGAGCUCCAAGGAACUGAUCGCGCUACGCUGCCAGGAGCGCCAGAUGCAGAAGCAGGUCGAGAUGAUCCGGGCCGCGCUCAACGACGUGGGCUGCGAGGAGCUGCCGUCCGGCUGCGACGACAUCUCGACGAUGGCGCCGGCGAUACUGCUGGAGAACAAAAAGUCCAUCAGCCAGGAUCUGUCGGAAGACUCCUCGCACAACACUUCCAGCACGCCAUUUUUUGCCAGCGGCAAAGGUGCCGCCACUAGCGUAAUGACCCUUAUCCGGGACCAGUUCCGACGGAAGUCGGCAGCACCCGGUACGAAUACGACGCCGGCUUCGACGCCACGACCUGGCCAUCGAUUAACCUCGACGGCAGAGGCACUGAAAAACGGAACCAACGGGGAAGGUUCAUCCACGAUGACCCUCUCGACGAACCGGCCACUGUACGAGGAGGAGUGGUUCCACGGAGUCCUACCGAGGGAGGAAGUGGUCCGGUUGCUGCGCAACGAGGGCGACUUCCUGGUGCGCGAAACGACCCGCAACGACGAAAGCCAAACCGUGCUGAGUGUCUGCUGGAACGGACACAAGCACUUUAUCGUGCAGACGACGGCGGAGGGUCACUUCCGCUUCGAGGGUCCAGCCUUCCCGAGCAUUCAGGAACUAAUCAUCCACCAGUACCAGUCGGAGCUGCCGGUGACGGGACGCUCCGGAGCGGUCCUGCGCAAGCCAGUAUUGAGGGAACGGUGGGAGCUGAGCAACGACGACGUGGAUCUCAUCAGUAAAAUCGGACGGGGCAACUUUGGUGAUGUGUACCGGGCGAAGCUCAAGUCCUCCAAAAACACUCUGGUAGCGGUCAAAACGUGCCGGAUGACACUACCGGAGGAGCAGAAACGCAAGUUCCUGCAAGAGGGCCGCAUCCUGAAGCAGUACGAUCAUCCGAACAUCGUGAAGUUGAUUGGAAUUUGCGUCCAGAAGCAGCCCAUCAUGAUCGUAAUGGAGCUGGUGUCGGGUGGUUCGCUACUCAUGUUCCUGCGAAAGAGCGCUGGCACUCUGAGCCAGAAACAGCUGAUGGCCAUGUGCCGUGACGCAGCCGCAGGAAUGCGUUACCUGGAGUCGAAAAAUUGCAUCCACCGGGAUCUGGCCGCCCGGAACUGUCUCAUCGGAGUCGAUAACAUCGUCAAAAUCUCCGACUUUGGAAUGUCCCGUGAAGAAGAGGAAUAUAUCGUUUCCGGCGGUAUGAAGCAGAUUCCGAUCAAGUGGACCGCCCCGGAGGCGCUCAACUUCGGUAAGUACACCUCCCUGUGCGAUGUGUGGUCCUACGGGAUCCUGGUGUGGGAGAUCUUCAGCCGUGGGGACACGCCCUACUCCGGCAUGAGCAACUCGAGGGCUCGCGAGAACAUUGAUGAGGGCUACCGGAUGCCGGCGCCGGACAACACGCCGCCGGAAAUGUACCGCCUGAUGCUCAAGUGCUGGUCGUACGAGCCCGAGAAUCGGCCCCACUUUGACGAGAUCUACACCGUGGUGGACGCGCUCAUGCUGUGCCAAAAAGACUAGCGAAGGACUUCCGGCGGAAGUCGCUCGAAACAAAAACAGUGUCUUUCGUGCCGUGGCGGAGGACGACCGUGGGGCUUCGGGGUUGGCCGCCGACACCGACGACGGGGGACCAAAGGAACGACUACUGCGUCGACCGGCGGCACCGGUUCCACGUACUUGUGCUCCUCGGUGGCAUUGCUUGCCGGUAAAGCUUGAACCUCCGGAGGUUCGGCCACCGAAGAUCUGCUUUAGACGAGGGUUUGGCCGGUGGAAGCUAACACCUUUGCUAUUUUUGGUUGCGUUUCGCAAUUAAAACCUGUCAGACGCAACCAGAAGUGGCCGUUUGACAGAAUGACCACAAAGAACGCAACCGAUAAUAGCGGAGACCCUCUGUACGCAUACUCAAACCAUGUGAGAAUUAGCUUUUUCCGUCAUUUUAACUUAUUUAAGCAGACCUGUUUUUUUAGCGAAAUCAAACAAAUCUAGCUUAAGUUGCCAAACACACAAAAAAUACAACGAAAACUUUUAAGAGCGCAGCAAAUGUAUAGAUCAAGAAGCGGAACAAAAUUAAACAAAUCGAGAUUUGAUUGAUGUGAGUAGCUAGAGUAGUGAAAAGUGAAGUAGUUAAGAAAUAACGGAAAGUGAGAUCGAAUGAGUUUUUGCUAUAGUUAGGAAGGAAUGUGGAAAGUUGGAACGCGUUAUGUGAUUUGAAAAGAUUUUAUCCAUUAAGUUAUGUUAGUCGUUUUAGCUUGUUGCACAGUUUAUUGAAAAUGCUUCUUUAUUUCUUUUAAAAGUUUAGGAUACUGAAAACUAAAAACCACAUUUUAUCACACGCUUAAGAAAGCCGACAGUAAUGCAGGUUAUCGUCAUUCAGCAGUGUAUGUAAAUUAUGAUAAAAAAACGCACACAUUUUUUGUAUGCAGCUAUUUAUAGAAGGUGAAUAUUUAGUAAAGAAUUAUACAUAAUUCGAUAAGGUUUCCGAAGCCGUGACUCGAGGUAAAUAAUAUUCGCGUAAUAAACAAAUAAAAAAACAACCACAAUAUUGCAAAUCUUUACACGUCCACAAUAAUCGCAGCAUCUUUGGAUCGAAAGCUUGAACCAGCGUUUCAUUGUCAAUAUCAAACAAUUUGUCUCGAACAGUACUGAAUCAAUAAAAUUAAACUAAUAAAAAUUAAAUAAACUUAGUCUUGCUGAAAAUCAAAGUACAGCCUCAACGCAGCCCAUACACGGUCAUACAAUAUUGUAACAUUAUUUACAGGUACUUCAAAAAAUAAAUAAACAAUAAGCAUUUUAUAAAAUAUAA